UUAGGCGGGAGUGCGGAGGUAUCGCCGUCGAAGGUAGAAGGUAUGUGAGUGUGAGUGAGUGUGAGAAAGAAGGGAGAGGGGCGAGGAAGGGUUGAUGCGCCGAUAAGCCGGAAUGAAGGGAAAAGAUGAAAAGGGCGACGGAUGGAAAGAAAAAAGAAGGCGAGGAAUCCCGAGCGUCCGGCCAGUCAGUUUUACGGUUUUGGUGGUUACAGUACUUAGUUCAGUGGUGUUGCGCUCGCGUGAUCUACGCGGCGGCUCAGUCGGGUUCUUUCAUCGUGGGUAUUCUCCUAUUUUAGUAGACAAGAGAUUAUCCAGAUGCUGUCUGUUAUUUGUAAAUCACACUACUAGCCUGUCUACAGCUAUCAGCCAAACUACAAAUCUCCUGGGAUGAUUCUUUGUGAAGGUAGGGUAUAGAAAAUUUUCCCCAGCGGCAGGAAUAACGUCACCGCACAACGGUAGGUCAUAGCGGUAAUACACUAGUAACCCGCAGCACCGGCAAAAUUACAAUAGCAGAAAGAGCAGCACA